UAGCGGCAACGGCGGCAACACUGAACAUAACCGUCUCUUCCUUGAAUUCUCAAACUUCUAACCUCAAAAUUUCCGUUUGCUUUGUAAACUUUUUUAAAAAUUAAAAUGGAGUGCCAAAGUUUGUGUGUUGAGGUCGUCUUAAAAUUUGAAUCGAGUGAUAAGGAAAGAAUAAAGCUAGCGUGCGAUUCCUUCUUGAAGUCAGGCCGAUUUAAUCCAGGAAACAUAAUUUCGAAAUUGCAAGAUCCUUUUCUUAUUGAUAACGUCGAGUGUAUUAUUAUAGGAGACCAUAGCGCUUUUAAUGCCCGUGCUAUCAAUUUUUCUCAAGUGGCGAUCAGAUGGUUUAUGUACGUAUUGGACCGGAACGGCGUACAAGUUGAAGCAGAUAGUGAUGAAAAUGGUGAGGCUAUUAACCUUGCAACCGUGCAGCAACUGCCCUCGGCUCACUACUAUGAUUUGUGGGAGAGUCUCGUAUAUGACACGAAUGUUAAAGAAAAUUUGCUGAAGUACGCUGCUACGUCAAUGCUGUAUGCCGACAAAGGGGUAAAUUGUAACAUAAUCAGCUGCAACAAGGUCAUAUUGCUCCACGGCCCUCCGGGUACAGGAAAAACGUCGUUGUGUAAGGCCUUGGCCCAUAAGCUAUCCAUCAGAUUAAAUAAACGAUUUAAACGUGGUGUUUUAAUGGAGAUUAACAGUCACAGCUUAUUUUCGAAGUGGUUCUCCGAGAGCGGAAAAUUAGUCACCAAAAUGUUCGCUCGAAUUAUCGAACUUUUACAUGAUCCCAGUAUCAUAAUCUUUGUCUUAGUUGAUGAAAUUGAGUCUUUGACACACGCCAGGGAGAAAUCGAUGUCGGGUGUGGACCCAUCGGAUUCGAUUCGUGUAGUAAACGCAGUGUUAACGCAGCUCGAUCAAAUUCGCAAACACUCCAACGUGCUCAUUCUAACAACAUCGAAUAUGACAGCGGCAAUAGACUGUGCAUUUGUAGAUCGCGCUGAUGUUAAAUUGUUUAUUGGUUUACCGGGAGCAGAGGCUAUUUACAAAAUUUACCACUCGUGUAUAGAGGAGUUAUUUAACGCUCACAUUAUAGUGCCUCGAGUAUUAUUACCUGAUUCUUAUCAGCAAGCUGAUCAGGUUAGAGAUUUAAUACAAUAUGCCGAUGCAAAUACUUUGAUUAAUAUUAGUGAGAUAAGUGUAGGGUUAAGCGGUAGAGCAUUACGAAAAGUUCCUUUUCUUGCACACGCGUUGUAUAUAGAUGAAGAUACAGUUAAUAUACAGAGCUUUUUUAAUGCAAUGAUUUCGGCCAUUAAACAUUUAGAGGAUGAUAAAAAACAUUUUACUUAAGUGUAUAAUUUAUAGAUUUAGAUUAGUGGGCAAUUUGUAACUGUUUUUUUAGAUGUAGGAUUAAAGCAACACUAUUAUAUUUAUUAAUGUUAUAAAUAACAAUCAGCUGGUUGAAUGUG